CAGAGCACAUAUGUCUGCUUCUGCAGCUUACCAUGGCAACAAGCUCAGCUAAAUACUUAAGGAAACAUUCCUCCAAAAUUUUAACAAUUAGAUACACAGUUCUCUUGUUGCUGGUUGCGAGUUGUGCAUCAGGAGCUAUUGGAAACCAAAUUGUCCAAGAAGAUCAUUUAGGCAUGCACAAUCAUGAACAUAAUGCAAAUGCCUUCCUUCGCUCAGAGGACAAUGAUGAAAUACAGAAACUCAGUCCAUCUGAGCAGCGAAAGAGACUGGUGGAGAUCGUAAAGAAGAUUGACACAGACUCUGACAAACAUCUGACUCCAGAGGAAAUAACGUUAUGGAUACAGAAGGUGUAUAGGAGAUAUGCACUGGAUGAUGCUGAGGAACGUUUCCCUGAGUUUGACUUAAACAACGAUGGGCUUGUGUCCUGGGAUGAAUACAACAUGGUAAUGCAUGGUCAUACUGUGGAAGUGGAUGAAGAUGCUGCUCUUAAGGAUCCAGAGGAAGAGUCUCUCAGAUUUCUUCAUAGAAAGGAAAAAAGACGUUUUGACUUUGCUGAUAUGAAUGGCUCAGCUGGCCUGAACUUAAUAGAGUUUCUUGCAUUUACUCAUCCAUCUGAGGUGGACCACAUGGCUGAUUUUGCCAUUGAAGAUGUGCUUAGCGAAUAUGACUUGGAUAAAGAUGGAUUCAUUAGCUUGAGUGAAUUUAUUGGAGAUCUCAGAGCAAAUGAGCAGGAUGAGCCCUCGCAGUGGGAGGUGGAGGAAACAGUGCGCUUUAAGGAUCUGUAUGACCAGGAUAGGGAUGGCAAACUGAACAGAGAUGAACAGGUCCGCUGGGUUGCUCCAAACAGCUAUGGUUCUGCACGAGAAGAGGCUAUUCAUCUUAUCAAGGAAAUGGAUCAAGAUGGUGAUGAAAGGCUCUCACAAGCAGAGAUUUUAAAAAACCAAGACAUUUUCAUGAACAGUGAAGUGACAGAUUACGGGAGACAGCUCCAUGUGCCACAUGAUGAACUGUAAUAAUUGGAACUUUAAUAAAUAGAAACUUUUAUAAUUAAUUCCUGUGGUGACACAAAGAAAGACUACUUGAUUAUACACACUAAGUUUUAUCAGGUAACAUUUUCACUGUUGAUGCAUUUUCUGAUACUUACUGCUGUUAAUAUAUCUGUGUAAAACUAAACCACUUUAAAAUGUAGGGACAGCAAUAGACUUGAACUUUUUGAGAUUGUCUUUUGUUUUACAUAAACGGCAUAAUACACUUCUUUUUUCACUUUCAUUUACUGUACAAUGGCUCAGAGUUAAAAAAUAUUCAAAUCUUUAUGACUGAUUUAACUGCCACCAAACAGCUUGUAUUUUAAGGUAUGAAAAAAUAAUUGAACUUUGCUUUAAGGGCUGCUUCGAUUUUUAAUUUCUGUGUUCAAAAUGUCUUAUAAACCUAAAGGAAAAACUAUAUUUUCCAAAAGCCUGUUUUGGUUUCAAUUUGGUUUCUAUUAGCUCCUGUUUCAGAUGUCUUCCUAUCUAGUAUUCGAAUUGCAUCAAAACACAAGCCUAUUGUCUGUCGAGCAGGCUGUCUGUGGUAACUGACAUCAUAAGAGAGAGCUUCCUUAUCUGAAUCAACCCAGAAUACCACAAGAGUACUCUGCAACUUCUGGUUUCCUGCAUACAGCAUUGUCUUUUUCCUUUAAUUUCUCUUAAUUUUGCUUCAUAGUACCUUUUAUGUACCUCAGUCUCGUCUUCGGUUGUAAACAGUUUUCAGAAUGACACCAUUACAGUUCAAAGAUGUUUUUUGGGUAAGUGGACGGGUUUAACACAUUUGACUGUUUAGAUUGUAUUGAUAUUAGUUCUUUGUUAAGGCUGGCAUGCCUGAUGCUUAUAACGUUUCAUAUGUUGAUUAACAUGCAGUAUCUCUCAGUCAGUCACCUUGUGUUUUCAUGGCGCAGAAGAAUUUAACAAGGACCACACAUUUUUUUGUGCACUGCAAUUUUCCAUCAUUUGUUUUCAAAGGGUUAAUUCACCUGAAAUUGAAAAAUUGUAUUUCCUCACCCAUAUGUUGACUUUCUUCCAUGGAACACAAAAAGAGAUUUUAGGCAGAAUGACAGCCUCAAAGAUGCAAUGAGAGUAAAUAGUGGCUGAGGCUAACAUUCCACCUAAUAUCUUUUUUUAAUUUUAUAUUCCACAGAAGAAAAGAAGUCAUACAAAAUGGGGGGACUAUCCCUCUAAGGGUCUUAUAUCUUAAACGGCAUAUAGUAAGAUCAAUUAAGCUAUAAUCUGCUGUUGUUGUUUUGUGUAAGUGCUGUGCUUUUAUACGUAGGUUUAGUUUUAUACUGACAGUAAGGGAUUUAUAUUUUUGAGACACAAACAUGAUUAAAUGAUAUAUUAAAUGUCUUAAGUGUUUUGUCUAGAUCUUUCUUGUAUAGGUUUUCACUCGAGUAGGGGGUUUGAUGUGUAUAUAUAAUGUACUGUGUUAUUAUGUUGUGUCAUGGAGGAUAUCUAUGG